ACCAACCCAUGGACGUAAAACUAAACACACGUUUCUCAUCACUCAUGGCACUACUACUUCAAUUCCUUCUACUGGAGCGUUCAUCUCAUAUCCUACGCCACACCUACUCCUUAAAAUGCGCACCCUCCUCACUCUCAGGCCACCUCCACCGCCAUGCCUCUUCAGCUUCUCUUCUCCUCCUUCUCCUCCUCCUCCUGCAUCUUCUUCUUCUUCUUCCUCAUUCCUCUUCAGCUUCAGACCAAACAAGCGCUUCCACUUCCUCACUCCAUGCUCUUCUUUGAAACAAACCAAGAAGCAGAGGAGCAGAACUGCUCCCAGCACUGCCCCACAGAGCCUCAGGUGGUUCUUUAGCAAUCCAAAGAGUGAAGAAGAAGGCGGCGGAGGUGGAGGUGGUGAUAAGCGAGGAAGUGAUGGCGAUGAGGGUGGGUUGGAGAUGGAGGGUGACACUGCGUUUAAGGGUACACUUUUGGCUGGUGUGUUGUUGGUGGGUUUUGUUGGUGGCUUUGCCGCUGUUGGGUAUGUCUAUAAGGACCAGAUCAACGCUUUCUUGAGUCAAUUCUCGACUUUUAUUGACGGUUAUGGUCCUGCUGGAUAUGCUUUAUUUGUAGCGGUUUAUGCAGGAUUGGAAAUACUUGCGAUUCCAGCCAUUCCUCUGACCAUGUCAGCUGGUCUUCUUUUUGGUUCUGUUAUUGGUACUAUCAUUGUCUCUAUCAGUGGCACGGUGGCAGCAAGUGUGGCCUUUUUAAUUGCUAGAUAUUUUGCUCGUGAGCGAAUUCUUAAACUUGUUGAAGGAAACAAAAAGUUUCUAGCAAUUGACAAAGCAAUAGGGGAAAAUGGCUUCAGAAUUGUUACCCUCCUUCGUUUGAGCCCUUUACUUCCAUUUUCUCUGGGGAAUUAUUUAUAUGGAUUAACGUCUGUGAAGUUUGUACCAUAUGUGUUGGGAAGUUGGUUGGGGAUGCUUCCAGGAACAUGGGCUUACGUGAGUGCUGGUGCAUUUGGGCGAGCUGUUAUUCAAGAAGAAUCUGAAGUUGGUUUACCGGGAGGAAACGGUCAGCUAUUGACACUUGGGCUGGGACUAUUGGCCACAGCACUGGCUGCAACUUAUGUGACACGGCUUGCAAAGGAUGCUAUAAAAGACAUUGAGUAGACGCGGAUAUGAAUGGCUUAUGCCCAGAGAGUCGAUAACAACUUGAAACGGCAACAUGAGCAGCAGGUGCAUCGGUCAUGUGAAUUGUAGUAUGUGAAGCAAAUCGAACGGGAACCCUUUGAUUUUUUCAAUUGUAUCAUCCAAUAUAUGGUACAUAUAAAAAAGAAGCAUGGUUAUUAUAUUUCAA